GACAUUUCUGGAGGAUGGAGGACAGAGCUGAGCAAGGGCACACGCAGGAGAAUGGACGCGGUGACGGCGCGGCCAGAGAACCCCGCUCCUCUGCCUGCAACAGCCUGAAGAUGUUUCUAGUGGCUCUGUCCUUUGCCUAUUUUGCAAAGGCCCUGUCGGGGAGCUACAUGAAGAGCACAAUAACUCAGCUGGAGAGACGCUUUGACAUCCCCAGUUACCUAAUAGGUGUCAUUGAUGGGAGCUUCGAGAUAGGUAACCUGCUGGUGAUAGCCUUCGUCAGCUACUUUGGGGCAAAGCUCCAUCGGCCAAAGAUCAUUGCAAUGGGAUGUGUGCUGAUGUCCAUCGGCACCUUCAUCAUCGCUCUGCCUCACUUCAUCAUCGGACGCUAUGAGUUUGAAACCUCGGUGCGGUGGGCAACAAACUCAACACUUAAUCCGUCUCCAUGUCCGGUGGGUGCAGCAGCUGACCUGACCCGAGAUGGUAAACUGCUGGAAGUGCCAGCCAAGGGCUGUGAAAGUGAGUCCAACCUGUCAAUGUGGAUCUAUGUGCUCCUGGGAAAUGUCCUGCGAGGGAUCGGAGAGACGCCGGUUCAGCCUCUGGGGAUCUCUUACAUAGAUGAUUUUGCUACCGAGGAGAAUGCUGCUCUAUAUGUGGGCUGUGUGCAGACGAUUUCGGUGGUUGGACCAGUGUUUGGAUACCUGUUAGGCUCCCUGUGUGCCAAAAUCUAUGUGGACAUUGGAUUUGUAAAAAUGGAAACUAUCACCAUCACCCCUGCAGAUGCCCGCUGGGUGGGGGCCUGGUGGCUGGGCUACCUCAUAGCAGGGGUCAUCACCCUGCUCUCUGCUAUUCCAUUCUGGUUUCUCCCCCGCUCUCUGCCCAUGUCUGGGCCCCAGGGACCAGAGAAGUGCACACCUGAGCAGACGAGCUUCAUCAAAACCCCACCCCCCAUGAAGCACAAGUAUCCAGCAGAUGAACAUACCAGUUUUAUAGAGAUGGCCAAAGACUUUAUUCCAUCCCUGCGCACUCUGCUGGGACACCCGGUGUAUCUGAUCUACCUGUGUGUGACAGUCAUCCAGCUGAACUCGCUCAUCGGCAUGGUCACCUACAAGCCCAAGUUCAUCGAGCAGCACUUCAGGCAGUCUGCCUCAAAGGCCAACUUCCUGAUGGGUGUGAUAAAUAUCCCCGCGGUGGCACUGGGGAUGUUUUCAGGAGGUCUGCUGAUGAAGAGGCUCAAGCUUAAUCUCAUGGGAGCAGCCAGGUUCGCAUUCGGCACAUCUCUGAUUGGCUACUUCCUUUCGUUGUUCUUCUUUGCGAUGAGCUGUGAGAACGCCAAGAUAGCCGGAGUGACGCUUUCGUACGACAGCAUGGACAGGAUAUCUUAUGAUAAACAUCCAGUGGUCACAGCCUGUAACUCAGACUGCUUGUGUUCACCGAGCGACUGGGACCCGGUCUGUGGAGAGAACGGCAUCACAUAUGUUUCUCCCUGCCUCGCUGGCUGCUCCACCUCUGCUGGCUCAGGGAGAAACACUGUCUUCUCUAACUGUAGCUGUGUCGGUGUGGCUGGUAACUUUACGGCCACUACAGGUCAGUGCCUAGACAAGGACGACUGCGACGGGAUGUUCCCGUACUUCCUGGCUCUCUCUGUCAUCUCUUCCUUCAUCAUCUCCCUUGGUGGGACACCAGGCUACAUGAUUCUCAUCAGGUGCAUAAAACCACAGCUGAAGUCUCUGGCCUUGGGUUUCCAUGCUCUGGCAACACGUACCCUCGCGGGGAUCCCGGCCCCCAUCUACUUCGGGGCGAUCAUUGACACCACAUGUCUAAAGUGGGGUCAGAAGAGGUGUGGGGGCAUAGGAGCCUGUAGAAUCUACAACACCACUGCAUACAGGAUUGCGUACCUCGGCCUGACAAUGAGCCUGCGGACCGCCUCGUUCCUCAUCUGCAUCCCAGGCUUCAUUCUGCUCAGUCGACAGCUGAAGAGGGAGGAGAGAAACGCCGUCAACGCAGCUCUGGCCAACGGCAGCACGGAGCUGGAGGCGCUCAGGAAGGAGGAGCUCACGAUUUCUAAUUCUGACCAGUUGCAGCAAUUGUCAGAUAACAGCACAGACAGGGAGACACGGCUGUGAACGACCCCGCAGAACUGACUCCUUUGUCCCCUUCACACACACUAAUACACACACACACAUACCACAGAUGAACAAAUACAACCAACCACACACAAACACAUAUAUUUAUAUAUAUAUAUACAUACAUACAUACCUAUCCACAGUGAUACUGUACACGCACAAACACAAACACACUUGCACAUUGAGAUUUGCAGGGAAUUACACCUUUUAACAAUUUAUCUCGUAUAGAGCAAAUUCUAUAUUUGUACUACUGGACCUUUGGAGGCUUUCUGAAUUUGACAGAAAUGAAAUAUUUCUUGAAUGUACAUGCUGUUAUUUUUAUUCCUUUAUAAUUAUAAUAUUUCGAAACAUUUGCCAAUGUUUCGAAGGCAGCACAAGAGAUUAGAUGAGGAAUGUGAUUCAUGCAUACAACUGCAAAACCAGAGUCAUUCCGAACACCAGCAUUUACAAAGUAGCCUCUUGGAUUUUUGUUUCCUUUCGGAAGAAUGAAGUCAGAAAAGAAGUGGCCUUAAAAAAACGAGGCGGACUUUAAUUUUGAUCAUGAAUUCAUACAAUUCAUUAUGGAAAAAUAGGCCUUCGUAGAGACAGGUGGGGAGGACAUUUUUUUGUAACUUUUAAAAGAGCAGGGUGUUGUAGAAAUAUGUGUCGGAACAUGUAUUUCAGGAACUCAUAGAGGGCUCGGCUGUUAUUUGGACGUCUUUGCCUCAUUCACUCGACAGUUUACCUCGGAAUCAUGCGCGUCAUCCUUCUCGCCGAUUGUAGAAAGCUGCAAUUUUCAGUCACAUCUGAAAAGUUUAUUUUACUAACUAAUCCAAAUUUUAAUUUAAACUGUCUCUGCACUCGUUUAGGAAAAGUUUCAGUUCUGAUCCAACUGACUCUAAAACUUUUGUCUUGUACUUUUGAGACCAAAGUCUUUUGCAGUUUUGUGCUGUGCGCUUUCGGGAUGUGACUUUGUUCCUUUGGUAUUCAUACUCGCAGAAAAUGGCAAUGGGGACCAGUUUGGGGACCAGUCUGAUUUCACUAUCGACGGCUGCCACAAGGAGGCAGUACCAUAACUUUCUUUGUAUGGUGAUAAGGAAAAUAUUUAAGAAUACACAAUCUGCUAAAAGUCUGCCUUUGUCUUGCUGACUUGUUAAAGCUCUGCUUCUGCGUCUCCAGCCGCAGCUGGAUAUGUUUCACUGGUCAGUGUUUUUAC